AUGGCCCUCCCUUCACUCACAACCCCUCUCCGAGUCGGGAAACUGGACCUUAAACACCGCGUUGCUCUCGCUCCUCUCACACGCUACCGGGCCGACGAUGACCACGUACCACUCGAUAUUGUGCGCGAGUAUUACGCGCAAAGAGCGAGUGUCCCUGGCACGCUCCUUGUCAGCGAAGGGACCUUCAUCUCUCCCCGGGCGGGCGGUAUGAACAACGUCCCAGGAAUAUGGAAUGAAGCGCAGAUCCAGCAGUGGAAGACCAUUACAGACGCGGUCCAUGCGCGCGGCAGUUAUAUCUUCUGCCAAUUGUGGGCGCUUGGCCGUGCUGCGCAGCCAGAAGUCCUGGCCAAGGAUGGAUAUGAAGUCAUUUCCAGCGGAAACAUUCCAAUGACGGAGGAUAGCAUUGCUCCCCGGCCGCUGUCCAGGGAAGAGAUCCAAAGCUGGGUGGAAGACUAUGCCACGGCUGCGAGAAACGCGAUUGCCGCUGGCUUCGACGGUGUCGAAAUUCAUGGUGCUAAUGGCUACCUAUGUGACCAGUUCUUGCAAGACACGUGCAAUAACCGCGAUGAUGAAUGGGGAGGAAGCGUGGAAAACCGGUCCCGAUUCGGGCUCGAAGUCGCAAAGGCUGUGUCCGCUGCGGUCGGCUCUGAUCGAACUGGCUACCGCAUCAGUCCCUGGAGCACCUUUCAGGGAAUGCGGAUGCAGGAUUUGCAGACGCAGUUCACACAUUUGGUGGGACAAUUGCGUCCACUCGGGCUUGCCUACCUGCACGUUGUCGAGCCCCGGAUAUCUGGGUCGGCAACCGUCGAGGGUGACCAGGAGGACCACGAGUUUCUUCUCAAAGCCUACGGCAGUGACCGGCCGAUCAUUCUCGCCGGUGGCUUCUCCGCAGACUCAGCAGAGAGGAUGAUCCAAGCACAUUCGUCUUAUAAGAUUGUGAUUGGCUUUGGUCGUCACUUCAUCGCCAAUCCUGAUCUUCCUUUCAGGCUCGCCAAGGGUAUCCCGCUGAGGGAUUAUGACCGGACCACUUUCUACACCCCCAAGUCACCAAUUGGGUACGUUGACUUGCCUUUUAGUGAGGAGUUUGCGGCCCAUUCCGCCACUCAGCAGCCGGCUUUAGGAUAG